AUGCUGCGUGGUGGCCACGCCCUGCAGGUCGCGAGCGCCACGAUGUUGCACGCGAAGGAAUUGCAAGAGAUUGAAAACAAGGCCGUGCAACGUAUUGAAGAAGCUGUUUGGACAAAAGUUUUUCGGUUUCGUCCGAGUCUUGUACUUCCAGCUGUGGAACUCAGCAGUUUGGUUGUUGGGAGUGUACUGGGUGUGCUGGGAGACAAAAUUAGUACAUCGUACUUACUGGGGGUAAAAAUGGCAGUAAGCGACUAUUAUAAUGACCAGAUCCGUGAAAUUUACGCUACGAAACCUCAGAUGGUCGAACUCAAAGAGUUAUUCAAGGUGGCACGUGAUAAGGAACAAGAGUAUGUGGACGCGCACACGUCUGGCAUUUUAAACCCAAACGAUGGCAAUUCAGAUCCCGUCGCGACAUUUGCGAAGGCUUCUCUGAAGGUGCUGGUUCAAGCCGCUAAGUUUGUGUAA